AUGAACUAUAAGAAAGUUGCUACACUAUUAACUGCCUGUGCUUCCGCAGUUUCCGCUAUCUACAGUAACAAUUCUGCUGUCACUGAUACUACUACUUUAGCCCCAAGCUACUCUGUCUCUCCAGUUGCCACAAGCACUUACACUUACACUGACGAGACUACUACAUAUUUUGUAACCUCCACCCUUUACGAAACUAUCAGUCUUUUGGCUUCUAGUGCUUCAUCCGUUGCCGAUGCUGCUCCAGCUGUCACUGAUAUUGUUUCCGUUAACGAUGAAGAUGUUACCACCACCAUUACUUCAACUUUGUUCACCACUUUAACCCAGGUUCAAAGUAAUGACAUUGUUUCUGCGUCCUCAAACAACAGUAACUGUGCUCCUUUCACCGUGACCGUCACAGCUCAACCAACUGAAUACGUUACUGUCACCGUUGCCAAUACCACAGUUACAGUUACUGCCUCCGCUGGUGUCGGUUUAUCUCAAGUUAGAUGGUUCAACUCCACCAUGGCUAACUAA